CUCGUCUCGACAUAUUACUUCUUUGCUGCCAUUGCCCUCGCGCCCGCAAGUACUGAUAUCUCUGUCUGCUUCUGCUUUCGCACCGCCGGUUUGGCAUUCUGAGAGUCGUGGAGUCUCCGAGACAGGCUGUUUCAGCUUCGAGGAUUCCCCCCAAGGCUGCAGUUACAGGGCGCUCGUGCGAGACAGCAGAAGUAAUUGACGACCUCCCACUUGACCUCCAUCACUCCAGAGAAGCGCACUCUGAUCACAUACCUGUCUUUCCAUCUCGAAUGCGAUGUGAGGUGGGUGUGCCCAGCUCAACAAGCAUGUCAGACCAAUUAGUAGCUUCGCGGCCUCAGGACAUCGCGACGCUUGGUGCAGUCCCUUCGGAAAUCCUGCAGCAGAUCUUCUAUUACAGCACCACCCCGACCUUCUUCCAGCUCAUCCAGGUCACCCGCAGGUUUUUCCAACUGGCAUCGCAAAGUCGAGAAGUCAUCCUCCACCAUCUGCGCUAUGUCCCUGGCCUGAAGGUGGGCUUGGAGGACCGCUCGAUCCCCACCGAGCACCUCUUCCUCAUCUUCCGGCAACGCGCCGCUUCGCACCUGUAUGGCGUCAACUUCACCGCGGACUGUCGGAGCUGGGGAAUCCCCUCCAACCGCAGCGGCGGAAGUAUAGAUCCCCGAGCGUCAUGCCUCGGCGUCGAGAGCGAGUGGGGCAACAACGUGUGUCUCGUCCUGAAAAACAGCCUCCGAAUCAGGUUGAACUGGCAAAACGACUUACCCGGCGAGAGCAUCGAGUCACCUUACGCAGACGGCCGUGCGAAAAUCAUCCAAGCUGUACAGAAGAGCCAUUACAUCACGGUGUUGUAUGCGUGGACACCGCCCGAAGACGACCCCGCUCAUGACACAUCCCAUCCCGAGUCGACCCCGGUAAAGGAUUCUGUGAAAGAGGUUCUUGAAGGGCAACUCGCCAGGCAUCGGUCUCCUCGGUACGAUCGGGCUUCGCCGUCCAAGCAGAAUAACCAAUCCAAGGCCUCCUCCUCCUCCCAGCCUCGAUCCCGCUACCAUCUCCUCCAUUACGAUAUGUUCAGGAACGACCGGCCCGUCUUCUUCCCCGUCCCGACACACAAGUCCAUCAACGACAACAUUCUGGUCCCCGUCCACCUGGCAGUCCACAGCCGUCUCGAGUGCGCCAUUCUGUGGGAUCUCCCCGACACACUGGCUCCGUCGCUAGAUGCUACAGUCUGCCUGUACACAGCCGACCACCUCCCGCGGUACGAGCAGGGCGAGUAUAACGUCUGCGUUCUCUACCCCUACGACCGACCCAGUGCAAUCUAUCGGUCGCGGUCGGGGGAUCGAAUCGACUUCGGGCGGGAGAACUCGGACGACGACAUUGACGGGAGCGGAAUUACCUAUACCGUCACGUCGGUGCGCGAAAAGUUCAACCGCAGCGGCUACAACGUCGGGCAGGAUCUGCGUCUCGUGUACUUCCCCCUGCGACCACGCGCCAUUUCCUUCUUCAAAAAUGGCCGGCGCCUGUCUCUCUAUGCCCCGGGGUCGAGCGUGCCGUUCACGACGCUGUUGGCCAACGAGGCCGUCCGCAGCCGCGUUUUCAGCCCCGUGAUGUCUCCCGUGAAUUUUCCGUCGCACAGCCACUCGUUGAACGCGCUGCGCAGACGCAUCCGCCAGACGAACAACACGUCCAUCUACGGCGCCCACUUCGCGCUAGGCCUGCCGUUCUUCAGUACGCACGAGACGACUGGCUGGCCGGACAUCGCGGACGUGGACCUCAUGGUGCCCGACGCGGAAUGUGUGAGCCACACGCUCUGCGUGGGCACGGCGAGACUCCCGUCGACUCGGUGGCACAGGUCGAGUGGCCUCCUCCGGACAGGCCCGUGGGUGCUCACGAUUGUGCAGAUCCGCAAGCGCGUCCUCUACGACCUCUGUCCGCACUCGAGACCCAUUGAUGAUCUGCCCGCUCUGCCCCGGCCACCGAGAGAUUACCGGAGGAGACGACAUUCGAACGUCCUCCUAUAUCCCAGUGACGGACCCCAUGCCGACAUCACCGCGGCCCCUGACGUUGGAGACAAUGACGACGACAUCGACAACAACAACGAUAACGUCGACAACGACUCUGAACUGGACGCUGACGUCAUCUCCGAAGCAGAUGUCGACGACACAGAUGUCGAUGCCUUGCGCGGAACAGAUUUGCGCGUCGCUGCGCGAUUGUGGGGGUGGUCUCCUCAGCACACCACACUGACGGGACUGGAUACUGUAUGUGUAUCGCCCAGAGGGGAGCGAAUCGCGGUCGCACAGUGGGAUCGAGUGCUCGUUUAUGCUUUGGACCCGCGGGCGCUCUGCGACGAGACGUGGGACGACGACAGUGAUUUCGGCGACGCCAUCAGCGAGGAGGAGAGCAGCUCGGAGAGUGGCAGCGAAAGCGAACAUGACGACAACGACACGGGCGUAGCAGACGAUAUGGCUGUUGGCGACCAGAACGGCGUCCCCGGGGAUGACACUGGCAACAACAGCCACGGUAAUGGAACUCAAAACCCCCUCUCGACUUCAGAGCCUCCACCGUCCGCUGCAAACCCCGUCCAGGUCCCUUCGGUUCCGAUACCACCGAAAGCAGCCGCAUCUGUCGCCUCCAGCACAUCCACCUCGCUCUCGGACUUAUUGUUCUUCUAUCCGCAUACCAGAGACGGUUGGCCCCUUGAACGCAUUGUUGAGCUCCGUCCGCUCGUAUUGAAGAUGGACGGUGGAGCUGUGGUACGAAAGAUGAGCUGGGCUUUAGGGAAGCUGCCUCGGGCUGACGAGGAGUGUACAAAUAAUGCAGGAGAUAUAUACGGAAAGGGUGAGGAGGCAGAAGGAGCUGCAGAUGAAAAGGGAGGUGUAGUGAAGGAAAAGGAAAAGGAAGAUGAUGAUGGUAUCUACCAACAAGAUCGACCGCAGCCUUCCGGGCUACCACAGUCCUAUGACCAAUCGUCACCGAGACCAAAUUUGCCGGCUGAAGCCCUUUCAGAAAAUACGUACACCGAAGUCCAGAAGCAGGAACCGAGUAUGAGCUUCCACGAAAUACCACCGGCACCCUUUUCGGACACUAAACUGAUCGGCCAGAUCAGACACAUCGCUCGUCCUCCUGACUACCAUAGUUCCGCAAGCAAAGUCGUCCUUGAGUCUCCCGAACCGAGCCCUCCAAGUCUAGCGGAGCUAGACGUAGCCAAAGGCAAAGAAAAUGAGUUGAUGGAGACUUCAACUGCAGGAAGACGAGACGAGUCCCAUGAUACGUCAACAGGUCAGGAACGUGGAAUGUCCCCGGCUCCGGAGCUGUCUGAAUCAGGAGAAUCGGAGCCAUGGGACAAGCGCAAAAGACCUCCACGGAGGAGGGUUGCCGAGAAUGAGCUAGUCGUGCUAACAGACAGAGGGUUACAGGUUUGGGAUCUCAGUGUCUGGGGAAGAGGUAGGCGAAUCCGUCGCGAGCUUCCCAGAGAUGAUAUUCUGCAUUAGCUGCGACAUCAAUUUUGGAACUCCGUCGAGCCUAUAUGGUGUAUUGCCAAACUGGAAGGUUGAAUGGAUCUAACGGCUUUGCCUGGUGAGUUCCGGAACAAUGGAAUGUGUACAUGUUUCUCGCGUACAGCUUCAGCGGAGGAUAGGAAGUCGACAAGGUUGCUUUCACCACUCGCCCAUCGCUAAGACGCCAGUUUGAGACGCGGGGAGUCGAUCUAGUAAUACCCCUGAUAGUGAACAACGCGAGCUUCCUAG